AUGGCUCCCUCUCCGGCCCCUCACGACAGACCGUCGUUCCCCUCUGAUCUCGCUCCCGCGUCUUCCGCACAGCACGGCGCUUCCUCGCCUGCACAACAAAGAACUCUUGCACCGACUGGAACUCCCAAUGCGACGGCGCAUCGAUCAGGCAGCGGCAGCCCUAGGGGUGCCGCCCAAGCUCCCAAGUCAUCUCCUCCCAGCGCCGCAAGACAUGCCAGCGGUGCACCAAAGAUCGUUGUGAAGAAGGAGCCCAACUCCCCCGACUUGCCGACGACCCGUCACAGGCCACGCAAACUCGACCUGUCCAACAAGGGCGCCCACCCGGGCUCCAACACUCCUGGCACUGCUAGGCCCAUGACUGCUAGGGACAACUUGGGUAUCCAGGAGGUCGGCCUUGCCUGCCUUUCGCCCGGAUUCGUCACCCAGGACCCCGUCAUGAAGGAGCAGCUCCAGCGCAGCAUGAGCGUGAGAGACCAGCAACGCAUGAUCAUCGAGCAGAGAAUGCAGCAGCAAUCAGCAAAGGGCGACGGCCCUGACACCUCUGGCAAGGACCCUGUUUCUCAGUUCGCAGCAAAGACCCCCGGUUUGUCUCGCAGGAACAAGGCCCAGCUUUCCAUCCUGCCGCCCUCCGCCGAGUCUUUUGCCAACGAGCGAGUCAUCCAGUCGGCGCCCUUGGGACACUCCUUCACUGGUCGUCAACACCCUGCACCUCUCUCUCGUCACAUCACAAACCAGCCGAACACUCUCUCCAACACUUCUCACAUCCACCAUGUCCCUGCCAACCAGACGAACAACCGUCUCCCGCCCAUCAGUGACGUCUUUGGUCAGGUUUCUGGCCACCCCGACAACGCUCCUACCUCUCUGUACCCUCAGACCAGCCGUCCCCCUAUGGCAUCACCUGGCCACCCUCCUCAGAUGCAGCAUGGCCCUCCUACUUCCGGACGUGCCAGAGAAUACAAGUCAGCGGAAGAGGCACAGCACGAGAUUGCCGGUGGCCGCCCCGAGCUGCUCCCUAAGAUCGUUCACUACGGAAACGCUCACCAGCCUCCUACGCCUCCUUCCCCUGCCCCAGGAAGCAGAGCCGCUGAUCCCAGCCGUAGCGCAAGCCGGCGCCGCACCCGCGCUGAGUACGAGGACGGCAGCCCGCCAUUGGGUCAUGGUCCCGCUCCUCAGCGAAGAGGACCAUUCGGUGCCGGUCGGGACAGCCCCGAGAGCCAAAGGCAAAAGCGCGAGGAGUUCAUGCAACUCUGUGCCAGAGCCUGGGACCUUUUCCACUCCUAG